AGAGCUUGUUGAGUGUGGUCAGAGGCCGGAGCGAAGCCAUGGAUUCCAUAGUCCUCCAGCUGUGGGCUGGCCUCUGCCUCUUGGUUCACCUUGCCACUUGCAGUCCCAUCCUGAGCUUGGAGCACUCUUCCUUAGAGGAAGGCGAGCCUCUUUUCGAUGAAUUCCUGUCCGAGCAGGAUGGUGUUGAUUUCAACACAUUGCUUCAGAAUAUGAAGAACGAGUUCCUGAAGACGUUGAACCUCUCCGACAUUCCUCUGCACGAGUCGGCCAAAGUGGACCCACCAGAGUACAUGUUAGAGCUGUACAACAAGUUUGCCACUGACAGGACAUCUAUGCCAUCUGCAAAUAUCAUUAGGAGCUUCAAAAAUGAAGACCUUGCUUCCCACCCUGUUGGCGUCAUAGGAGUUCGGAAAUACCCCCUUCUGUUCAAUGUCUCCAUCCCUCAUCAUGAAGAAAUCACCAUGGCGGAGCUGAGACUCUACACCUUGGUGGAGAGGGACCAAAUGCUUUAUGAAGGGCUCGACCGAAAGGUCACCAUUUUUGAAGUGCUGGAAAAUGACCAUAUGGGGGUAGGAGAAGAAAGAAAGAUCGUGGCGCUGGCAUCCAGACAGAUCUAUGGCACAAGCAGUGAGUGGGAGAGCUUCGAGGUGACCGAAGCCAUCAGGCGUUGGCGAAGGGCAGGGCUGACCACGCACCGGCUGGAGGUUCACAUUGAGAGCAGAGAAGGGGAGGAGCAGAAUGGAGAGGGGAAACUCGAUAUCGACAUCAACUCUGAGGCUAAGCACGUGCCCCUGUUGAUUGUGUUCUCUGAUGACCAAAGCAAUGAUCAGAAAGAGGAGAAGCAAGAGCUGAACGAAAUGAUAGACCAUGAGCAGCUCCUGGACUUGGAGAACCUGGAAGUUGGCAAUUUCCAUGGACACCCUGGUGAGGAGGCUCUGCUCCAGAUGCGUUCUAACAUCAUUUAUGACUCUACUGCUCGAAUCCGAAGGAACGCAAAAGGCAACUACUGCAAAAAGACUCCACUCUACAUAGAUUUCAAGGAGAUUGGCUGGGAUUCCUGGAUCAUCGCUCCAGCAGGAUAUGAAGCUUAUGAGUGCCAUGGAGUAUGCGCCUACCCCUUAACAGAGCACGUCACCCCAACAAAACAUGCCAUUGUCCAGACUUUGGUUCACUUGAAGAAUCCCCAGAAAGCCUCCAAGGCCUGCUGCGUGCCCACCAAACUCGAUCCUAUCUCAAUUCUCUACAUGGAUGCAGGGGUGGUCACCUACAAGUUCAAAUAUGAAGGCAUGGUGGUAUCAGAGUGUGGCUGCAGAUAGUAGCAGGGAAGACAUGCACAGGGGAGUGCACAAGGGAAGUAUUUAAUGAUUCAGUCUGUAAAUUUGUACAUUUCGGAUUUCCUAUUUAAUAAGGUUAUUUAAUGAGGCAUGUACAGAUAAUUGUAUGUUUCCUGUCACGGGGAAUGGGCAAGUCAUAUGACCGUAGGGAAUGUAUAUUUUGUUCCAUUGCUUGCUUCUUGCUAUUCUGUUCAAAUUAUGUCUGUCUCUCUUCAUACCUGAGCAUAGAGCACAUCACUGGAUUGUUUGGGUGGGCUCUUCAUGCUAGAAGGAGCACAUUCAAAUUCACAGGAAUAAAGGCAUCUUUUUGUGCUUUGUAAAUGGUGAUUGGCAUCUGUAGGGAUUUCCAGAGUGACUAUAGCUAUGGGCAAUACGUGCCCAGAUUGUUCAGUUGUGUGUAAAAUCUUUAUAAAGAUCUUUACAUACUCAGAUAUUUUGAAAAUUUAUCUCUGUAGCUCUUAAAUCUCAACAAAAGGUUUAGAAUGGUACCAGUUUACACCAGCUCAGAAUCUGGUCCCCCCCAACCAGUCCAGUAAGCUACAUGCCAUACAUCCACGUAACCCAAUUCAGAUGGCCGAAUAGUAUUGCAUUUAGUCUGCAUAGAAAUAGACAGAAAAGGAACCCCCAUUGUGCCAGCUAGAUAGAGAGGAUCUUUCCUUUAUGUAUGUGCUGAAGUUGUCAAUUCAUAAAGGUACUGCCCCCCCUUACAUGAUAUAUGAUGGAGUCACAUGCCAUGUUUCCGCCACUCUUCUGCAACAAAUCGCAGUGAUAAGAAGGUGUCGGAGCUGAGAAACAAUAGACCCGUCACUUUAUUUAUACUAAGCUGCAAAUUUGUCAGAUUCUUGGGAAAGUGUAAGUGACACUGACUCUUUUAGCCUGUACCAGAGCCUACUGUACUGUCCCUGCAUCUGUUUUACACUUUUAAGGGAAAGUUAUCUUCACUGGAAGUGAUAAGGGCCUUUGAAAGAAUCACUCUAACACUUCAUGGGAUUGAACACUUUAUCAUGCACCAACUAAAACCAGUCUCACCUAUUUUCACACAUACUCUUCUGUGCUUCCCAUAAUUUAUUGAUCUAUUUAUUGACUGCCUGCCUCUGUAAUAUAAUGUAGAAUACAGAACGUUUUAUUUUUGUGCUUGUAUGUAACCCCACUUGGAUAAAACCUUGUACCGAC